CGCGAAGCCGACACUGUAAGGUAGGGCUAAAACCUUAGAAUAGCCGGAGAGAAGAAGGCGAGAAGAGGAGCGACAAGGGCGAAGCUGCAGAAUUCUUCGGUAAUUUUCAGAUUCGGUUGAAUAAUGGCGGCUGCGGCUUUUGGGCAGUUAAAUCUAGAGGAGCCUCCACCGAUUUGGGGAUCUCGUAGUGUCGAUUGCUUCGAGAAGCUUGAACAGAUUGGUGAAGGAACUUACGGCCAAGUGUACAUGGCUAAAGAAAUUAAAACUGGUGAAAUCGUGGCUCUGAAAAAGAUCCGUAUGGACAAUGAAAGAGAAGGGGUAAGCUACAUUUGAACUACCAGUACUAGCUUUGACAAGUUGCAAAUUUUUGUGAGUUUCGUAUGACUUAUAUUUCCGUUUUCAUUGUUUGCAUGGAGUUUCCGAUAACCGCUAUCCGGGAGAUCAAAAUUCUGAAGAAGCUGCAUCAUGAAAAUGUCAUCCAUUUGAAAGAGAUUGUUACUUCUCCAGGUCGAGAUAGGGAUGAUCAAGGAAAGCCAGAUAAUAACAAAUACAAGGGUGGAAUCUACAUGGUCUUUGAGUACAUGGAUCAUGACUUGACUGGACUUGCUGAUCGUCCUGGACUGAGAUUUACGGUUCCUCAGAUAAAGUGUUACAUGAAGCAACUGCUGACUGGGCUUCACUAUUGUCAUGUGAAUCAAGUGCUUCACCGUGAUAUAAAAGGUUCGAAUCUACUUAUUGACAAUGAGGGAAAUUUAAAGCUAGCGGAUUUUGGGCUUGCUCGGUCAUAUUCUCAUGAUCAUACUGGAAACCUCACAAAUCGUGUCAUCACUUUGUGGUAUAGGCCCCCUGAAUUGUUACUUGGUGCAACUAAAUAUGGACCAGCGAUUGACAUGUGGUCAGUUGGAUGCAUAUUUGCUGAACUUUUGAAUGGAAAACCAAUCUUGCCUGGGAAAACUGAGAAUGAACAAUUGAAUAAGAUUUAUGAGCUUUGUGGAUCACCUGAUGAAAGCAACUGGCCUGGAGUUUCCAAGAUGCCUUGGUAUAACCAAAUGAAAUCAUCUCGGCCCUUAAAGAGACGCGUAAGGGAGAUCUACAGACACUUUGAUCGCCAUGCCCUUGAACUACUUGAGAAAAUGUUGGUACUUGACCCAUCUCAGAGAAUAUGCGCAAAGGAUGCUCUUGAUGCUGAGUACUUUUGGACUGAUCCGCUGCCAUGUGAUCCAAAGAGUCUACCGACAUAUGAAUCAUCACAUGAGUUCCAGACAAAGAAAAAACGGCAACAGAUGCGUCAUAAUGAGGAAGCAGCCAAAAAACAGAAACUGCAGCAUCCACAGCAGCAACAUUCUCGUUUACCUCCACAGCAACACGGUGUUGGCCAGUCUCAUGCCGCUCCACUUUGGCCUGCUGGACCAAACCACCCUAUGAACAACAACGCACCACCACCCCAAAUACCUGCUGGUGGCCAUUACUAUGGAGGAAAGCCCCGUGGUGGUGCACCUGUUCCAAACCGGUACCCUCCUAGCGGAAACCAGACUGGUGGUUAUAAUAAUCAGAGCCGUGGAGGUUACAGCAGCGGAGCAUAUCCUCCACAAGGUCGUGGUGCACCAUAUGGCGCCGGUCCUAGAGGACCUAGCGGUGGCUAUGGUGUUGGACCACCCAACUACUCACAAGGUGGUGGUCAGUAUGGUGGAUCUGGUGGCUCUGGAAGAGGUCAGAACCCUAUGGGUGGUGCUAGAAACCAACAAUAUGGAUGGCAACCGUAAAGAGAACUCAAAGAGACUCGUAUGGUGUGGUCUUGGCUUGAUGUCUUUAAGGCAGUUGUGAUUUUAGAUAUGAAGACUUAUCUUCGCGAAAGAGAAUCUAUUUUCAUUUGAUUUCUUGUCUUAAUGGCAUUCUUCCAAACAUUCUGUGAUUGUUGUAUGUUUAAAUCAAGGUUUAUAUAUCAGAACACAGGAAACCAAAUUGGAUUUUUACCCAAAUCUUAUUAUUUCUUGCAAAAAAACGUUUCACAACCUCUUAUCUGUUUUCGAUGAAGUGUGGAAAAACUACACGAAUCAGUGUAAACCCCAAAAAGAAAACGAAAAAACUCUCCUCUGAAGCAGCUCCAGCAGUAAUUGUGUCAUUUCUCAUUGCUUAUUGUCUUAUGCGGAUGAUUCUACUUUCAGAACAACUUUCAUGAACUCGUAAACAAAGUAACUGAUUGCCGCGGAAGGCAAAACCUGCAAUACUGGGAAUCAAGC